GUUCAAUAAGAAUACACUACCCAUAAGCCAUCGCGGCCCUCGCGGAAGUCCUUUCUCUCUCCUUCCGCCGUUGCUGAAGUCCCUUUCGGAUUUACAUCGGCGGUCAUCAUGGCAGCCCUCAGGCCCUUAACAAAACCUAAGAUUGUUAAAAAGAGAACCAAGAAGUUCAUCCGCCAUCAGUCUGACCGAUAUGUCAAGAUUGCGAAAAACUGGCGCAAGCCCAGAGGUAUUGACAACAGGGUUCGCAGGAGGUUUAAGGGCCAGAUGUUGAUGCCCAACAUUGGUUAUGGUAGCAACAAGAAGACCAAGUUCAUGCUGCCAACCGGUUUCAAGAAGUUCCUGGUGCAUAAUGUCAAGGAGCUCGAGGUCCUGAUGAUGAGUAACAAGACUCACUGUGCAGAGAUCGCCCACAACGUCUCCUCCAAGAACAGGAAGGUGAUCGUGGAGAGAGCAGCUCAGCUGGCAAUCAAGAUCACCAACCCCAACGCCAGGCUCAGGAGUGAAGAGAACGAAUAAACUGGUUCACAAUAAAUUCUUUAUUAUGGAAA